UUUAGUGUUUUUGAUCAAACAUUUUCAGCUGGUGUGGUUUUACUACUUGGACCAAAAGAAUUUCCAGAGCUGGAUAAUCCUCCAACCACCACAACUAUCAGUAUGAUUGAAGCUACAAGGUUGUAA